CUUAAGAUUUGAGAAUUUGGAUUUACGUACCAUAUUCACCCCUUCUAUUAUGGGAGAAUCAUUAAUCACGAUACUAUAACUAAUAGAAAACAAUACCCAUACAACUAUCAACAAACAUUUCACCUUAUCAUCUCGUCGCUAUAAAUACCUCUCAACAUAGCUUCGACGUGAAAUCAUUCCCACAUCCUAGUAGAUCGAAAUCUCCCAUCACCCGAUCUCAUCAUAAUCAUCAUCUCAAGUUGCUCUAAGAACUUCCGCUACGUUAACAAAAAAAAAAUGGACAAGACAUCCAUCAAACUCGUCUCUUUCUUGCUCGUCCUCAGCUUCCUAGUCGCUCAAUAUGGCGGAGUUGAUGCGAGGGCGUCCACGUUGUCUCAAUGCAAGAAGACAAGGGAUUGUGGUAGCAUCUGCGCAGCUAUCUGCAGCCCUGGAACUACGUGUGCAUGUGUCGACAACUUCUGUAGCUGCAAUCAGGCCGCCGCCAGUGUCGCCGGCGGUCGCCGUCAGACCAGCUCUAUCACCGGAGCCGAGCUAAUUAAUUAAUAAUUAAGUUCAAGGAAAGAUUGUACUUGGAUGGUGAAUUUGGGGAUGAUGUCGAUUUCACUAGUUUGUGGUUCUAAAAUGGUAUUUUUUGUUUUUUUUGUUUAAGAGUUAUUGCCAAAAUAAAAUUUGUUAUUUUGGUUUGAAUACCAUAAUAAAUAAAAAUGGUUAUGACAACGAAUCCUGAUGGGUAUUCCCAUUAUACAGACCAUAAGCAACUUAUGGGGAUGGAGGGAAAGAGUGGUGAGUAUGUAUUAGUUUGAGGACUCCAAUUAGUAAAAAUAAAAAUUUGAGGGCUGCAAAAGUUAUUUCUAACCACACAGUUACAGCCUGUUUGGAUAGACAAAAAACUCAGGAAUUAGAAUUCCAUUUUCAAUUCCAGUUCCAUAUUUUAUGUUUGGAAGGAUAAGAAGGUUGAGAAAUGAAUUCCAUUUGGGCUAAGUUUUGGAAAUUACAAUUCCUAUCAAAAGUGAUAGGAAUUGUGUUUAUGAAGACGGAAUUAGUGGGUCCCAUAACUAUUUAUUAUUAUUUUAUUAACCAACCAUCACCCUACUCUCUUUCUCUAUCAUUCAUAUUUCAUUUUCCAAGAUAAAAUAAAUAUAUUCUA